GCGUUUGUUGUAAACUUUUGCGACACUGGCCUAAUGACCCACUUUCGCACUGGACCUGAAGAAGCUGGAGAUUCUUUACCACUAGGAUGUUCAUUCCGGAUCAUUCCGUUCAUUCUAUCAGUUUUUAGGUGGUUUGCAUUGUAGAUAGUUAAACCAGUUGCCAUGUAAGUCACUGUAAGAUGGUAGAUAAUCUUCCGGCCAACAUUUCCUUGCCUCUGCUGGGUAUUGGGGCUUUAUCUCUCAUUCUGAGUCUGAUAUUUUGCUGCUACAUGUGGAGAUUGAAAUGGAAGGCAAAGAAAGAACAGGGAUAUAGAAGGAUGAGGUUCAUGAGCAGAAAGAAGGCAGCCAAUGAGACCUGUCCAGUUUGUUUGGAAGAUUUUGAACUGAAGGAGUACAUAGCUGUCUGUCGCUGUGCCCACUGCUUCCACAUGAAAUGCCUUUUAGAGUGGUUACAUCAUAAAAACAUGUGUCCAAUGUGUAAGGCUCCAGUGCAGUCCGGCUGUUUGGGCGAGAGAACGGGACUAGUUUCUGUGCCCAUACCCCCGAGAAGUUUCCCUGCUCAAGCUCAAGCAAACAGCGUGUGAUAUUAUAUGUGCUUUGAUUUUUUUUUUUCAAAAUAUGUUCAUUUUUGUACUGUGUGAUUGAUAACAAUUAUAUUAUAUGGGCAGUUACUAUGUAUUUCUCAAGUAGUUGAGGGAAAUAUGUUUCAUUUUUUGGAGUGUUCUCGUCCAUGUAAACCACUUGUUAAAUUUAUUUUGUGUAUACGCGUUAGUUUUCACUGAUGAGGCAGGGCUUGUUCAGUAGAGGCAACGUUAGUGGUGAAGAUGCUAGCCUUUUUUCAGCACAUUUUUAUGUUUUAAAUGAUAUUAAAGUUUGAAAUGUAGUUUAGAUUUGUGUGUCAAAAUUAUCUGCAAUUGUCAGAAAGCUGUGAUAUAUAUGUGUUAUAUAUAAUGAGAGAGUGGAAUUGUUAAUGCUGGUUUGUUUUUUUUGACUUUUAAAGAUUUUUUCUCUUGAAUGUGGCUUAAGCAAGAGCCAGGCUGUUAAAAAGUGGAAUUAAUUCCCCCCAGAAGACUGCAUUUUAGCUUAUGAUAAUUAAGAUUUUUGACAGUUUUUAGAGGGUUGGUGCUGCUGUUGCUUUCAUCUGCUUUAGAAUCAUUUCCGUAUAGUCCGUGUUUCAAGUUGUUAAUUUAGUCCAUACUGUGAAAAAUCGAUGAAGACUGUCCAUUGUGGUGAGUGGUCAUAUGUGAGAUGGACAGUUUCCACGGACUUUUUUAAAGAAUGUACUAUGAAAUCAAAUUUUGGAUCCUGAUUGCAUAUUGACUUAUAAUGUUAUUUCAGUCAUUCUGAUGAAUUUUAAAAAAAAAACUAUGCAUGGACGUUUGAAAACCAAAGACUUGCGUAGCCAUUUAGGAAUCGGGGAAAGUAGAGGCUUUUCUGAUAGUGUUGGAAAAAAAUGUUGUUUUAGACGAUUUUUUGACGUUUUGAAGAGUCGCCAUAAAAUUUGUGUGUGAUGGUACUUUACGGGAAUAUUGACAUUAUGCUGCUGAUCAAGUUGUGAUAUUAGAGAUGUAUUUUAUUACAAGUACGCGUAUGUCUUCCAGUGUGUCGUUAUUAUUUGUUUUAAGUGUCGUGGUCGUAAGGUUUAUGAUACAUACUGCAUACAGAGAUAUUUUCGCAUCAUGUUAUUUUCACCCAUAUCUAUUAGAGAAAAAGGACUUCACUUAGAUAUGAAUCUGCUGAAACUUGUGUUUUUUGCUACUUUCAAGUUAUGAAUGAAUUCACACUGCACAGCUAGAGUUUAAUAUUUUCCCAUUUAAGAUAAGGGCAAAAUCGGUGAAACUUGUUUUUAAAAACUGACCCCAAAAUUUUCCAAUAUAUUGUAUAUCAGGUUUUAUUUGUUGGGUUGGAAAUGUUCGCUUUUUGGUCGAUAAAGAAAAUUGGCCAAAAAAUGAAAGUGCUAAAAUUCCUAUAUGAAUUUGUGCCAAAGAUUUUAAGCUACUUUUUUUUUUAAAUAUCUGCUAAAUACUCCUACUACCAAAGUUGCCUGAUAUGCAAUAUAUUAUAUGGGUACAACUAUGCAACCAAAGAAGAAAAAAUGAAGAUGUUGUAUCACAAGGAAAAAAUGUUUCUUGAAAUACUGCAGUGCCAUAUUUGCAAAAUGUGUAGUUCAUAAACUAAGGAACUAUGGGUGUAGACAUGUUAUUGUUGAUCAAAGACAUAUUUAUCUGUAACAAACACUGUACUAUAUAGCAGUGUUUCAAAUAAUUAAUAUCUAAAGUGUGCUAUGUUUUGAAUUGGCUGGUAUUGAAUAUGUACAUUAAAGUGUAUUGAUGUCGGAGGUCAAUAACUAAUUCAGAGCGAGGACAGAGUCCUGAAUCUUAGGUUAAUAAAUCCACAUGUUGUACUAAAUUGACAGACUUGCAAUUGUUAUAUUAUUUAUCUGUAUCAUUUUAGUAUUGAAACUAUUCUAGAUUCUCUCUAGAUAUAUAUUCAGAACUGAAACCACACUUAAAAAGUGUAGAAAUAUUUAAGUUAUGAAACAUUUGGUGCAAUGUCUAAUCAAACUAGAAACAAAUAUAUCUGUUCAAAAGUACAAAAUGAAGGGAAUCGAAAACCUAAAAAAUUACCUAUUUUGAUGGAAAUUUGCAAUUUUAGUUUUAAUUCACCGAAAAAACAAAAAUUGAAAGGAGGAAAUAAAUUUGAUAUACGGAAGUCGGCCAUUAUUAGAAUGUUGCAUUACCACCUUAAUUGGAAACACCUGUGCAAAUCCUUCAUUUUAUAAUUAAUUAUGUGAGCCAAUCAUAGAUGCUGAAAUGUUAUAGAAAAGUAAUAAAGCAUGUUAGCAGAAUUGUGUGGAAAGAUUCUCAGAAUCUGUAUAAUUUAAAACAAAUACCGUAUGAUUUUGGAGAAUAUUUUACCUGUAUAUUAUUCACGUAUAAGAUUAUGUGUGUAUUUUUAUAUCUAUAGUAAGGUUCAUCUUGUACAUUGUAAUCUCUUUCUUUCUCCAUUUGACAGCCAUAUAUUAAGUAACUGGUGCUUUAAAAAUGGUUGAUUACUAUUAGUAAUACUUGUAUAUACAUCUGUAGUUGUAUAUUUAUUAAAUUGUUGGCAUUAUCUUA